AGUGCUGAGUGGGGCAUAUGCUGUGGCAACAGCAUGGCCAUCCGAGGGCAGGUGCUGGCCUUCUUGCUGUUCCUCCUCCCUCAGCUGGGGAAACAGAGAGAGUCUUCAGGAGCAGGAGCAGUUUCAGGGAAAAUUGAGGAAGGAGAAAGGGAAGAAGAAACAUGUCAAAGGCCCCAGUGGGACACAAGACUCCAUCUGGCACCAGACCAGGAGAAAUACAGAAAGAAUGAAGAAGUGAAGCUGCGCUGCCCUGAAGGUUUACAGCCAUCCUACACCCACAUCAGAUGUUCAAGAGGAAAGCAGUCCAUCAACCAUGGGAAACCUUUAAACAGAGAAUUAUGGCUGGGAAGGGACAGCAGCGAUGCCUGGACCCAUAUUCAGUCCAGCGUGAAAUGUGUGGAGGUCUUCCAGGUUGUCCCUGGGACCCUGGUGGUUUCCAGCACCAGCAUCAAACUGAACUGGACCUGCAGCAUCCCUGAUGCCUGCCAGCACAUGCAGGCCACAUGCCAGCUGGCAGGGCCUUCCUCUGCUCCCUGUAAGGCUGAGAAGGUCACGGAACAGGAGAUACUACAUGGUCAGAAGGGAACAUUCGCCUGUCCUCCUUUGCAGCCCUUCACUGUUUACAGCAUCACAAUCUCAGUGCCACCCAGCACAAUACUGUUCACACAGCACCUUAGGACAAAAACAAUGGUGCCACAGAAGCCAGAGCAGCUGCAGCUGGAUGCCAGCACAGGGACUCUCAGGUGGAAGGCGCUGCCCCCCUGUCGAGGGGAGAUCAUUGGGUACCAGCUGAACUUCACUGCCAGGAGAGCACACGAUGGCACCUUCCUGAACUUCCAGCAGGUAACAGUGAACCAUUCUGUCACUCAGUACACUCCGCCUCCCCAGAGCCCAGGCAGCAAAUACACAGUGACGGUCCAGGGCCUGACGGCAGCUGGUGCUGGAGAUGCGUCCAGCCUGGAGUUCCAAGCCUACAUCUCAGUUUCAGGGCAGUUUCUGGGCUCCUGGCCAUGGACAGCGGUGACAGUGGUGGUUGUGCUCUCAGUGAUGGUCACUCUCUCUGCGGUGAUUGUGUGGUUCGUGCUGUCCAGGAGAAGGAAGGCUGUGCCCGUCAAAGCUGAGGAGGACCAUUAUGUAGAGCUGCAGCCCUAUGAAAACUCAGACAUUUACUCUGUGAUCAAGGGGAGAUCUCUGUCACAAGAAGAGACAGGUACAGGUAGUCAGGACAGAGAGCCAACAUCCCUACAUCUGCCCAACUUGGAGUCCUUAGGAGACUCACCAAGCAAUAUGAGAGUGGAGAAGAUGGGGAGAACAUCCCUGGGUCAGUGGUGACGGCACGUC